AAUACACAGUGAAAAAAUAGAAAUCCCUCUCGAUUUUCUACGACUUGUCGAGAGCGAGAGAGAUAAGAUUUGCAUCCAAAGUCCUCCUCUUCUCGACGAAUGCUCCGAAUUUGAUUCUCCUCUUCCUCUUGAUUCCUUCUCUUUGCUGCGAGAGGAACGAAACAAGAGAAGGGAAGCAGCGAUAUCUCCGGAGAGAGAGGACCCAGAGGUUUCUGGAGACUUCCUCAUGGCCGCAGCCUUGGCUUCGCCGCCGGUAGACGCAGCGGCGAUGGUUCCGCCUUUGGGAGAGAGGCAAUCCAUGGUGGAUCCUUUCUUGGUUGAGGCUCUGCAAAACCCUCGUCAUCGUCUAACGAUUCUUCGUAUGGAACUCGACAUUCAGAGGUUCUUGCAGAAUCCUGAACAGCAGCAGUUUGAGUUCCAGCCUUUCCCCACUUCAUAUCUUAGGCUUGCAGCUCAUCGCAUUGCACACCAUUACGGGCUGGUUACAACGGUCCUAGAUUGUGGUUUAGAUGGCAACGGGAACAGAAUUCUUGUGAGAAAAACAGCUGAGAGCAGGUUUCCAGCCGUUAGGCUGUCUGAAAUCCCGGCUAAACAACCGGAAAGUGGUAAAUUUGAGCACAUGAAAAUUGCCAUCAAGCCUCGACCUUCUAAAGGAUCUGGAACCGAAGUUAGUGAAUUGGAAAAGAAAUGUGGCUCCAUGAGAAGUGUUGAAGAGAGAAAAGAAGAGUAUGACAAGGCACGAGCUCGCAUCUUUAAUGGUCUUUCAGUCUCUGACUCUUCUUCUCAAGCUUAUGCAGAUGAAUUGAAUACAAGUCCGAGCAGAGGUGACAAUCAAGUAUCAAAGAAUGUCACCAUCGAGGCAGAAAAGAAUUUUAGCAUCAGGGAAAAUGGUCCGACAUCUCGUGUUGCCAUUUUCAGAGAUCGAGAGAAAGAUCGUUUUGACCCUGAUUAUGACCGCAGUUAUGAUAGGUACAUUAGGAGCCUUCCGGUCAAUCAGAACUUCUGCCCGGUGCCCUUCAACAUUCCGAAAACGCAACCACCAAUCUAUGAUAUGGGUUUUCCCGGGUUUAGCCAGAUCCCAAGUACUCCUGCUUCUCUCAAUUUUGGUCUACCUUCAAGCUCGAUUAUGAGUCCCUAUGGCUUCGCAAGUUUAAAUCAAUCAUCCAGGGAUGCAAUGCAUAUGCAGUGGCCUAAUGCAGCUAUGAUGUAUGCCAAUUUUACAAGCAGUUCAGAAAUGUUGCUCUCCAGGAGCAGCCCUGUCAACUACCCCUGAGCUUGUUUUGUACUACAGAGACCGGUUGGGGCCUUAUUGUCUCCAUUAUUCUUUUUUUCUCCAUUUACCAGAUGUCUCGGUAGUAAGCUUAGGGUUUCCAUAAAUCCAAUUUUUGAUGAUGUAUAAUUGUAUGUCAGAAAUAUGGGAACAGAACAGAGUGAGAGACCCAUGUUCCUAUUGUAUCAGUUCUAUAGGUCUCAGAUUUUGUCUGUACGAAUGCUUUGCCAAAUAGACAACCUUAAACGGGUCAAUUGCUACAUCUUGAAGAUUGCA